AUGGCAGAGCCAAGUGGUCCCGGUCUUCUCGCCCCACCUAAGUCCCUUCCUGGUGGCUCCAGCGCACCACCCAUUAGAAAACCAGUCAUAGCGGAGGAACGACAGGCGAAGGGUACUAUCCCGCAGUUCGGGCAGUUCGGUGACAACAAUGUCGGGUACACAGGUGUGUUCGCUGUGAAAAAACAACAACGAAGACAAGGCGACGACGACUUGUUUCCGGAACCUCAGCCGAUGGGCACUUUCGAUCAAAAGCCCGAAGCGACAACGGCCCCUCCAGCUGAUGCAGCUCAACAAAACUGUUGUUGCCUCAUACUAUAA